ACCCGGAAAGCAGACCUAAAAAGUCUAUAACCACUGUCAGCUGCGCACAAACUUGCCAAAAUAAUUGAAUUAAAGUAAAAAAUAAAUAAAUAAAAUUCAGGAAAAAAAAUCCACUGUCACUGAAGUUCGAAUUCAUUUCCUUCCAUUUGCUUUAUUUCUUAGGUGAGAAGUUUCUUCUCUAACGAUCCGUAUCCCAACACACUGAAACUCAAAAGAUUUGUGCUCUCUGGCGCUUCUGACUCGUUGGAAUCGGUCACUCUCAGUGAUACUGUUUUACUGCUUCACCUACUGAGUCGACUCGCUCAUUUCCUCUAUGAAUGUGGACUUGAGGUGCAUGUGGUUGAUAUUCCAUGGAAACAGUAGUUGCAAUUGAACAUAAUGAUGAUGAUGGAAAACUUGAAGACAUUGGAGUUGAUAGAAGUAGCUUUUCCUUGUCUUCUCCAAAGCAGAUUGCAAACCCAGUUGUGUACAAGCUCGUCCGGGUUGAAGGUGAUGGGAGGUUAGUGCCUGCAACAGAUGAUGAAGUAAUGGAGAUGGAGGAUUUUCUUGAGCAUGAAAACAGUGAAAUGCGUGUUGUUGCAGACACUGGGCAAAGUUUGGAGUGCAUAUCAAUUGAAAGAUCAUCUUCUGGGAAACUUCGAUUGGAGUGCCCAAAAGGCACUGCGGAUGCAGAUUUUGGGAAACUAAAUGCAAAAUUACAGUACAUUGAGCAGAUGUUGCAAAAGGUCAAACAAGAAGAGAGACUUCGAUUGUCUUGUGAAUCACCUGUUCCUUCUCGUGUAAAGAAGGACAACCAGUGUUCUGAUGAUAAAGCUGUCACAGUUGAGAAUAAUCAAUCUGAUGGCCCACACCAUGAAAUUCCUUCUUUAGCAUCAAGCUUAAAUUAUACGCAUAGUAAUCAAUCUGGGAGUGUUGAUCAGUGUUCCAGACCUUCAGAAGGAGUGAUUGAGAGCGGAUCAUCUGCUUCUGCUGUCUAUUCUGCUUUGAAGUCCAAUUUUUCAAUGUUUGAUGGAGAAAUAUGCUUGGACAAGCUAUCCAUCAGAGAACUACAUGAACUGUUUAAAGUAACUUUUGGUCGGGAAACUACUGUGAAAGACAAGCAGUGGCUGAAAAGGAGGAUUGCCAUGAGUUUAACAAACUCGCGUGAUGUUUCAGCAACAACUUUCAUUAUUAAAGAUAACAAAAUAGUAAGAAAAUGUGAAGACAGUUCUGGAAAUGGAGAUGCUGAAGAUGUAAUCUCCAUGGAAAAUGCACCUGUAGAAGCAGAUGUUAACUUGAAGGAUUCAUCUGCUUUGGAGGGUUGUGGAACUGAAGAUAAUCAAGUUGUUUUUGAAACAAAACUGGGAAAACAUGAUAUGGAACAUGGAUUGGGAGGUGAGGAUCACCAAAGAGCUGCAAAAAGAAUUCGGAAGCCCACCAAGAGAUAUAUUGAAGAGCUCUCUGAAAAUGAAUCUAGAGAGCCCAACCCCAUGGCAUCGUUAAGUUCAAGUAGAAAUAUGGGACCUGGACUUUCUACAACUUCAUAUGUGAGGCUUUCUGGGGAUGCUUCUUCAGAGGUGAGAACAUUUAUCACCAGGGUAGACUCACUCGGAGGUUCUGAUGUUCAAGUUCCUUGUGUUUCUCGGGUUCGAAGAAGUCAUCCAAGGAAAGAUUUUACAUCACUUACGAAAUUCCUUCCAAUUGGCAUUGCCAAGACUGCAAAAUCAGAUAAUAAGGUUCUUGCAGAAAAUGGUUCUUGUGCUGCUAGUGAGAAUCCAGACAAAAUCCUGAAGGCAAGAUCCGCUCCUGGAAAGCUUCAGCCAGUGAGAGCAACUGAGACUUUGCCUUCUUGUGAACCUGAAAAAGAGAAGCAGCUUCCAAAAAGGGUGGAUCCACUCAGCCAUACCUCAGAGGACAGUAUAGUUACUGUUCCCACUGCUAAAGGUGGAAUGAGAAGGAAACAUCAUCGAGCGUGGACUCUUGUUGAGGUAAUGAAGUUGGUUGAUGGUGUAUCACGGUGUGGCGCAGGGAGGUGGUCUGAGAUCAAACGGCUCUCCUUUUCAUCACACUCGUAUCGUACCUCUGUCGAUCUUAAGGACAAGUGGAGGAAUUUGCUCAAGGCUAGCUUUGCUCAGGCACCUGCAGAUGAAGGGAUGAACGUGCGGAAGCAUGGUACAGCGCCAAUCCCGGAACCGAUUUUGCUACGAGUACGAGAGCUUGCGCAGAUGAAUUCUCAGGCACCUCCAAAUUUCAGCUCAAGCAAGUUAGUAGCUGGUGCUGGAAAUGCACACGGAGAUAGACCAGGGUACUUGUAGUAUUGUAAAUAAUACCCAAAAGAAAAAAAAAACAAAAACUUUGGAAGAAAGAGCUAACUGUGCAUUUUCCUAGGCCAGCGCUUUGUGGAGCAUAGGAUACAUGCGAUCUUUUGUAGAUUUUUUAGUGAACUGAUGAAUGCUUGUUAGAGUCAUGUUAUGUUGAGUUGUAUGUUUUAACUGUUUUGGUGAUGGUUGUAAAUUGUCCUAGUAUGCUAUAAUGUUGGUUAGAAUCAUUAAACGGUUAUAUAUUUAGUCAUGGUAACGACGUUAUUAAUACUACCUACUCCUUGUAAUAUAUCCCCUUGUAGGCCA